GGCCCCGACCGAGGUAGCCGCCACGUAGGCACAUAGCAAGCACAAUUGCGACAGCCCGCUGAUGUAUCUAGUCUUCUGCAUACCUGAUUAUCUAUGGAGCCGUUGUUGUCACCGCCUUUACGGCUAACACGGUGAUUGAAAAGAAGCACCUACAGGAAGACAAGCUUUUUCACAGGAGAAGAGGAGCAUGAUGAUGACGGAGGUGAUAGAGCCAACACCAGGUGUCGUCGGCAUAAUAGAGGAGAAGAUGGAGAAUGAAGUAAACAGCCACUGUGACCACACCACCAGUAAUGACAUCACUUCCUGUAUGGACAAAGCCACCACAAAAGUCACAAUGGAAACAGAACAGAGCUGUGCAAAUCCGGAGGAGAGCACAAGUGUGGUUGUCUACAGCAACAACAGGAACUCGGCCAGUGAAAAGCUGCAGAUGGUCCGCAGGUGGAGCAUCAACACCUAUAAGUGCACCAGGCAGGCUCUGUCGGAGAAACUGGGCCGAGGAUCUCACACUGUGGACCUGGGCCUGAAUCCCCGCUUGGAGCUGCUCAAAGACGACCGUCAGCGCUACAAUCACGUCACCCAGCUGGCGCAGACUCUGGCCAGUCAGCUGGCUCAGCUCACCACCACCCAGAAGACGUUGGGGAACGCAUUCGCUGAACUGAGCCUCAAAACGCCCUCACUACAUGUGGAGUUUGGCAUCAAUGCAGAGGCUCAGAAGUUCCUGUCCAAAGACGGCGAGACUCUGGUGGCCGCUUUCAACUCCUUCACAUCCAACAUGAAUACGCUGGUCAACAAGACCAUCGAGGACACCAUGAGAAAUGCCAAGCAGUACGAGGCCAUCAGGAUCCAGUAUGACGCGCACCGGGUAGACCUCGAGGAGCUCAACCUUGGCCCACGUGACACCUCAACCCUUCCCAAACUGGAAAAGGCCCAGAAGGACUUCCAGAGCCAGAGGGAGCGCUACGAGCAGAUCAGGGACGACCUGACCGUCAAGCUUAAGCUGCUGGAUGAAAACAAGGUGAAAGUGUUGCACAACAACUUGUGGCUGCUCCACAGCGCCGUGGCUGCUCACGCUUCGUUGUGUGACAAAUUCCUGCAGCAAAACAUACAGCAGGCCAGCGAGAGUCUCGCCAACCCCAGCGUGGACGCCCCCUCCUGGCUGGAGGAGUCCUGACACGCUGCUUGGAGCGGUUGAUCCGCAGUUAGUUGGGUAGGAUGUAAUGUUUAUUUAUAGCUGACUGAAUUUACAGUACCUGUUGUGGAAACUUCUGCCAAAGUAAUUGAGAAAAUGGAAGAUAUGUUGAUUUUGUUGUCAUCACGGUACCAGAGUGAAGUGUGUUACCGUAUAGGGUCUAAUUAUAGCCACUGUGCCUUUUUUUUACCCAAAGUGCAAAAGGAUGGGGUGUUAAUUGGAAGCAGGCGAUGGAGGGAAAGGCUGCUUGAAAACUACUUUUAUACGUAACAAGUUUGUUUUUGUACAUUAAAAAAUUAUUUGGAGUGCAUGAGAAAGGGAAAUGUUGCUCUGUUAGACCACAAGGUCAUUUCAUGAUCAAGUAUAUUGAUUGCACUUUACAGCAGCAACGGAAGCCAUUUUGUGGAAGCGGUGAGGAGAGAACUGCUAAGUUAGCAUUAAUAGCACUGAUGAGUUCAUUAAAAAGUGUGCAACAGAAUACUUUCACACUGACAUUUGAAAGCACAUGCAGAGAUAGAUAAAGCUGUUGGAUUCUGACCACAAAUAAUACUUGAAAAGAAGCAAGUACCCUGCGAUGAAGUGGCGACUUGUCCAGGGUGUAUACCGCCUUCCGCCCGAAUGCAGCUGAGAUAGGCUCCGCCAUCCCCUGCGAUCCAAAAGGGACAAGUGUUAUAAAAUGGAUGGAUCGAAGAAGCAAGCACCAUUUUGUGGAGUUGAUAUUAAAAAAAAUACAGUAAAAAGUAGCCUACAGCCACUGCUGUUAAUGCCAAUAUUACUUUAUUUAUUUAUUUUUUAACCUAUUUAAAUAUUGAUUGGGGUUACUUGCUUUUUUAGCCCACACACCCGGUGACUAUUGGGAGACUUGCCGUUUAAUUUGACAGCAGCAUUUAGGGUGUGUGAAUACUAUUAAUUAUAAUUAAUUAUAUAAGUUCUAUGGGAUCACAUGGUCAUUAUAUUGUGUUCUUCUGCUUUUAAAUGAACUUGAUUUGUGCCUCCCCUCACUCCUUGAAGCGUUACAGAGGUCUCCAACACAUAUGUCUUCAUUGGCAAGAGGCAAUAAACCAUCUUUGUGUGCAAUAAUGUCCCCAUGAAAUAUAGUUUAAGGGAACUAAUCUAACAUUCCAACUUUAAAUUAUGACCAAAACAAUUAUGUUCUUCUUUUCCUUUUUUUUUUUUUUUUUUUUACUGGACAAAUUGUUUUACUUCUUUGUGUUUGUUGUUUCCCAUUUUACACUGCUGCCAAGAGAACAUGCUUUGUGUUUUAAUGCCAUAUUUGACUUUUGAAGGAUUUCUUACUGUAAAAGUAUGUUUAAUGUUUAAAAGACUGAACGUCCUUUACUGUUAAACAUUUAGGAGGUUUAGUGAAGUCCUCGCAGGCUGGCUGCUCUUUAACUAUUUGAAUGUGUCUUUACGGGAGGUGAUGAAAUGGAGUUUGCUGUUGUUGGUAUAUUUUAAAAUUAAAGAAACCAUGGUAGAAUAAACAGACAAACAUUA